AUGCUUAGGAGAUCAAUUUGCCAAUUUUACAAAAAUUGCCAAGAAGCAAUAUCAGACAUACCUUCAGGCUCUUCUAUUGCAGUAGGCGGGUUCGGCACAAGUGGAGUCCCUGAAAACUUGCUUAAAGCUUUAAGCAAAAAACCAGUUUCAGGCUUAAAAUUCAUGAGCAUAGACUGCACAAUUGAUAACUAUGGCAUCGACUGAGUUUUAAAAAACAAGCAAAUUUCCCACCUUACCGUCUCAUUUGUUGGAGACAGCCAAAACUUCCAAAAACAAUUUUUUGACGGAACUCUUUCCGUCGAUUUCACACCUAUGGGAACUCUUGUAGAAAAAUUCCGAACAGGAGGUGCAGGAAUCCCUGCAUUUUACACAAAAACAGGCACAAAAACCCCUUAUGUCAGUGGUCUCCCAAAACGUUAUAAACCUGGAGGCCUUGAAGUCGCUGAAUACAGCCUUCCUAAAGACACAAAAAUGUUUAAUAACAGAGAAUACAUACUAGAGCCUUCCCUAAAUGCAGAUUUUGCCUUCAUAAAAGCCUGAAAAGGCGACAAAUUAGGAAAUUUAGUAUUUAAAGGCAACUCCCAAAACUCCAACCCAGACGUUGCCAAAUGUGCAAAAAUCGCUAUAGCAGAGGUAGAAGAACUGGUAGAGCCUGGAGAAAUUGACCCAAAGCACGUCCAUUUGCCUGGCGUUUACGUUGAUAGAAUAGUAAAUCCACCAGUUUAUAUAAAGCCAAUUUUACAUUUGAAGCAUAAAUCUGAUUUUGAGGUUUCUGCAGCUGAAAAUCUUAUAUUGACAAGGGCAGCUAAAGAAAUUAAAUCAGGGAUGAUUGUAAAUUUAGGCGUUGGGCUACCUGUUUUUCUCCAAAAAUACUUGCAAGACAAAAAUAUUAUUCUUCAGUCAGAAAAUGGCCUGCUAGGAGUUGGAGACUACCCAGAGCCAGGUCAGGAAGACCCUGAUUUGAUUAACCCUGCAAAAGAAACUAUUACAAUGAACCCAGGAGCUGCGCUUUUUGAAAGCUCUGAAAGUUUUGCUAUGAUCAGAGGAUCGCAUAUUGACGUUAGUAACCUUCUGUCUUUCAAAGCUGGAGCCAAAAGGCAAGGAGGAGGCACAGGAUGUCCCAUAGCGUCAGGGGGUCGAAGGGAGAGCAAGAUAAUAACGAUCCCUUUCUAGCAGGAAGAAUAAUAUCAGCUGGACCCAGCUUGAUCGACGGUUUCGCAUAGAGGAUAAACCCUCGAGGGAGUCUUUUGGUGGCUGCGCAGAAGCCUAUCUGCAAUUAAAUUUAAGUUUAAGACGUUAGUAUCCUCGGGGCUUUGCAAGUCUCCUUAAAUUGUGACAUUGCAAGUUGAAUGAUCCCAGGAAAACUAAUCCGAGGAAUGGGCGGCGCUAUGGACUUGGUAGGGUCUGAUUCAAGAAAAAUAGUGACUAUGGUGCACAGCUUUAAGGAUCAGUCAAAAAUUGUGGAAAAGUGCAGCUAUCCUCUAACAGGGACUAAUAUAAGUAUGCUGAUAACUGAGCUUGGAGUGUUUGAAAAUAGAGAAGGGAAGCUUACAUUAAUUGAAUUAAUGCCAGGGGUAGAUUUGGAGCUUAUUCAGGCAAAAACAAAAUGCAAGUUUGAGACUUGCUCAAGCUUGAAAAGUGUAGGACAAACUUAA